GUCGCAUUCGCACAAAUAACAUGGAGGCAUCGCUGUAGAAACUGACUUGAGCGUAUUUGUCUUUGUUUACGUGUUGAAUUAAUGAAAGCAGAAAACGGUGGUUAUAACAAGUGCACAAAGAAACAUCCUUCUUUGGGUUAUGAGAUUUCUACAAAGACAUUCUUACAGAGUUACUACGGAAAGCUAAAAUUUGUGAAAUGAAUAACGGAGACGUCGGGGGGUCCAGAGGCAGAGGCCGCGGUUGGCAGCAGCCGGAAAACCAGCCUCGGGAGCUUCGGCGCCCGAAGAUUGUCGGCGAGGAUGCUAAAGUGGAAGCGCCCAAGUCGAACCUGUCUGCGGAGGCGAAGGAAUGGUACCCACCAAACUACACCCCGCAGACAUAUGCGGCUGACCCAGCCCCGUAUAGGCCCCAGAGGUUCUCCGUGCAGGACCGCCUGCGGCAGGCGCAAGAUCAGAACCCGUACAACUUUGACAGCAUGUCCUACUCGCUCGAGGAAGCUGAGAACAUGGAUUUGAGGGAGAACAUCGGCAACCUGAUAACAGUGAUGUGCGAGAUAACCUUCGACCCGGGCAAGUUCGACACCCUGUGCGGGCCGCUGGUCGACUCGUUCGCGUCCAUGCUGCAUGAGCGCAGCUACACGAGGGCGCUCAUCGACGCCAUCGUCAACCAGUCGAUUGGCGAGCCCAACUUCCGCUACAACGGCGCUCGCCUCUGUUCCAUGUACGAUUCCGUUGCCCCGCCCGAGGAGUCCACUUUCCGCGCCUGUCUCCUCGAGCGGUGCUCCGCCGAGGAAAACAAGAUCAUCACCGGUCUCGAGGGUUCUGAAGAGAAUGUUCGCGGCUUCGCCAUGUUUCUGGCUGAGAUCUAUACGCAAUUAGAAGACAGCCAGAUCUGUCUGUUUGAAUGGUGCUCCACUGAGGAAAAUAAGAUCAUCACCGGUCUCGAGGGUUCUGAAGAGAAUGUUCGCGGCUUCGCCAUGUUUCUGGCUGAGAUCUAUACGCAAUUAGAAGACAGCCAGGGAGGGCGUAUCCGAUCGCUAGGCGAGAGCCUAUGCAAGGUGCUGCUACACCUUCUCGACACCGACAACGAACCCAACAUCAAGUCCGUUUGCCAGCUGCUGAAGCUUUCAGGCAUCGCUCUGGACGCGGAUUGCCCGGGCGGCAUGCACGCCAUGUUCGAGCGGCUGAAGCGACGCGCCGCGCUGCCCGCCGUGCGCGCCGUGCUAGCCCUGCGCCAGGGCCGCUGGGGGCUGGCCGAGCCCACACGAGGUCGUGUUGGUACAGUGAGUAACGGCGACGGCGCGGGCGCGGGCGACGGCGGCUACCUCGCCGACGGGCACUCGCUCACGGCCGAGGAGUGCGCCUUCCUGCAGAGCAACCUGCCGCCCAAGUCUGCCGCUCUAGAGGAGGACAUACUCGAGGAACUGGAGAAUGAAGCCUGGGACACCGGCAUGGACGCCGAGAUGCAAGCCGGCUUCCUCGAGUUCCUCAAAAUGUCCAACCAGAUCAACCGAUAACCUAGGUCCAGUGGCCGGGCUAAAAAAAAAUAUAAAACACAAAACUAUAAAAAGAUUUAUCCCUAGAGCGACCAACUUUGUAAUCACUCUAGAAGGAAACGGUUUCGAUGUUUUGACAUACUUUGCGAGAUUAAAUGUUUACCGUUAGUUCCAUUUUUAGUGGGCAGUGUGGUUGAAAUUCUUAUAUAGCCGGGUCGAAACAGGACGAGGGCUGACGCGAGACAAUGUGCUCGCGCGGCAAAUGUUCAAUGUAGACGUGCCUCAGCCGAGGCAGGUUGGUCUUAAACUGGCGGGCUGCCUCAACCGAGGCAGGUCUACAAUGAACGUUUGCCGCCCGACCACAUUGCCUCACGUCGUGCCUGGCUCUGUCUGUACCCGGCUAAUUGCGAAAAAAAAAUGUAAGGUAAGGUGAGGUAAGACUAACGUAGUUUAUUU